AUGCAGGCCGGUAACUCGGCUCAGAAAUUCCAGGGGCCACUGCAGCCAUGGCGGAACUCCUUAGGAACCAAAAGACCUGUAGCAUGCCAGAGAUGCCAUGCGCAAAAAGUCAAAUGCUCGGGCGGGAGACCCUGCUCGCGAUGCCACAUGGCGGGAUGUGGGCACGAAUGCAGUUAUGUAGUCCGCGACCGAAAAGUCCGCAUUGACGAAAGUUAUCUGGAGCAGUUGAUUCGAGACAGUGACGAGCUGCGUCAGCACAGACUGAGGUCGCAAAGCAAUGUCUUCCCCACCAUAACCCAGCACACUUUUUCCUCAACAGAGGGAAGCGACAUGAAGACUCGGAAUCCGCUGCUGGAAGACCGGCCAUGGUUUCAUGCCCAUGAGGGGCUGCUACUCCCUAUCUAUGUCAGCGAAGCAGCAUGUACAGGGUUUGCCACGCGUCUGUGCCAGUGUCUCGACGGCAACAAAACCGCAGUGCCGCAUAUUCCCCGCACGCGAUAUGUGGAGGAGUCAACCCUCGCCCAAGUGGCCCAUUCUGGAAUCCAAUGGCCCAGUUUGACCCGUGCUCGGUUGCUGGUCAACACCGCGCUGGGACACGCAAACCCACCCUUUCAUCUCGCCUUGCGAAAAUCCACCCUCGACCACCUUCAAUACAUUUACGAGCAAGGCCUCUUCAAUGAUCCGAUCUUCCUGUGCAAGUACUUUGCUCUCUUCGCCUUGGGAGAAAUCUACUCAUUCCUCAAUGAUGGAGGAGAAAAGGCCAAAGUGCCAGGGAUGGCCUACUAUGCUCGCGCCAUCAGCUUGAUUCCCGUGCUACCGGAGCGACCCACCAUCAUCUACAUCGAGGCUCUUCUCAUCCUGGCCCUCUACAGCCAGUCCCUCAACCGACAGCACUCCGCCUAUCUCAUGGUCGGCAACGCGAUGCGCUUCGCACUCCUCGUCGGUCUCAAUUACAACAUCCCGGACACCCAAUGCCCCGAUCCAAUUGCGCGAGAACAUCGCGUCCGUCUGUGGUGGACAAUUUAUGUCUUCGAUCGGUCCUGGAGCCUGAAGCUAGGCCUGCCAGUGCAGAUCAACGAUGAAGCCAUCCACGUCAAUCUGCCCUCAAACCUCGACGCCAAGAUCUACCACGACGAGUUCCUUGGCAGCUCAUACCAAGUCGCGUUUAUCAAGCUCGCCCGAAUCUCCAGCACGAUCAUGCGCACGAUCUACAGCCGCAGCAACUUCACCGAGACAUUCUUCCAGCGGGAGCAAAGGAUCCUCCUUGACCUGCAGGAGUGGAUGCAGUCCCUACCCGACCACCUGCACCUCCAAACCACCAGGCAUAAUCCCAAGUGCACCAUUCUCGUCCAUCUCCAAUUUAAUUACUGCGUCAUCCUCGCCAUCCGCCCAAUCCUCCUCAUCCUCCUCGACCACCUUUCCCCAACACCAGCCCCAGAACAACCCGCCAUCCCCGCAACCCUCGCCGCUCUUAAAGACGCAUGCAUUAAUUCCGCCCGCCAUACUCUGACGCUGUGCACGAAUGAAUGGACGAACGGCGCCUCCUCGACCUACGGCUACGCCUUCGCGCAGUACAUCUUCACCGCCGCCCUGAUCCUGCUCAUUUCAAGUCUGCUUCCAGGCGGCACAGCGGAGGAUCUCGCUUCCGUGGAGACCGCCAUCGAGAUGCUGAGCUCCCUCAUAGCGAGCGGCAGCCUGGUCGCAGAUGACCUGUUCCAUCAUCUUGUGCGGGCGCAGCACUGUUUGCGGAGUGGACGAUUUGCAUCGCGGGUGGCGAAACAGCAGGGUUUGUCGCUGUCCGUCGCUUCUCCGGCACAUUCCCCAUUUCCUGCGGUCCUCUCAUCUGAUGAACAGGCUGAUUAUCUCCCGAGUACGGGUCCGUUCGAUGCUGCGGGCGCAGCGGCGGCGUCAGCGUACAUGGUGCUGGAUCAGCCGUUCAUGCAAGACUUCUUGACGCAGGAGGUCGGGGAGCUUGGGUUGUUUGAUGCGGGGGAGAUGGCGGGGAUGGGGACAGAUCUCUGGCCUGGGUUGCCGCUGUGGGUUGCUUGGUGA